UAUAUGCUUUCCCCUCCAACAAAAUCCGCUUCCUUCCAGCGGAAACCUCUGCAACUUCUUCUCAACCAUCGAAAUCGGAUCUAAUGGCGCCGAAGAAGGAUAAGGCUCCUCCACCGUCCUCCAAGCCCGCCAAGUCCGGCGGAGGAAAGCAGAAGAAGAAGAAAUGGAGCAAGGGUAAGCAAAAGGAGAAGGUGAACAACAUGGUUUUGUUUGAUCAAGGAACUUAUGAUAAGCUCCUUUCCGAAGUUCCCAAGUACAAGCUAGUCACUCCUUCAAUCCUGUCUGAUAGGCUGAGGAUCAAUGGAUCACUAGCUCGACGAGCGAUUAAGGAUUUGAUGGCACGAGGAUCCAUCAGAAUGAUCUCGGCUCAUUCCAGUCAGCAGAUCUACACCAGAGCAACCAAUACCUAAGACAAUUCAUUUCACUUGUGCCCGUAAAGGUGUAGAAGAUAUGUAGUUGCCUUUCGUUUUGCAAUUUCGAAUUUUGUCAAGUGAUGAGAUUAGUUUUUAGCUUUGUUAUAAUGGCUGUAUGGAUCUUUAAACGUGAUUUGUUUUUAAUUUGCCGUAAUUUAGUAUGGGAUUGACACUUUUGGUUUAAAAUUAGGAUAUGCAAGAUUAAAAUUAAA